AUAAGUGUGGUAUUGUCGCAAACAAUAAAUCUUCUCUCACUUGAGUCGCACAUUUCCCUUCUUAACUCUCCAUCGCAAAUACUCAAACCAAGGGCCAGAGAAGAUAGAGGGACACCCACUCCAGCCGCCACACCCACACCCUCUCUGUCUCUCACUCUCUCCGCCGGACCACUUCUCAUCCACCAGCCUCCGCCGUAUCUCCGGUUCCCACUCCCUACUUUCUCGUUCAGUCACAUCAAAAUCGAAGUGAGCUGGGUUGUCAGCAAUAGAACAUUACAUUUCCGAGUUAUAAAUUCUGGUUUCUUGUGAUAUCUUUUGUUUUGGGUUUCAAAGUACAAACAUGAAUGCCUUCAAGGCUUUCAAAGCAGCUGUCCCAAUUGAAUGGAGUCCUAAUCUUUACAUCACCCUGGUGAGAGGUAUCCCAGGAACUAGGAGACUUCACAGGCGUACUUUAGAGGCAUUACGUCUUGGCAAGUGCAACCGAACUGUCAUGCGAUGGAACACUCCUACUGUCAGGGGAAUGCUUCAACAGGUAAAAAGAUUAGUUGUUAUUGAGACGGAAGAGAUGUACAAGGCCCGGAAACAAAAUCUGGCAAACCACCGAGCUUUGCGGCCCCCAUUGGUCAUAAGUCAUCUACCUCCUGCAAGUAGUCUUCCUCCUUCUGCAAGUAGUUCUUCCUAAGGUCAGGUCUCAGUUUUUAGGUGUGAGUUUAUUGUCCAAGAAGACAAUCUUCCUGUAGUGCAAUUUCUUUGUACUGCCAAUUUCCAUCUGGUUCGUAUACUAUAUUUGGCAUAAGUAGGAAAUUUGUUGCCGUCUUAAAUAGGUGUACUCGGAGUAAUAAAAUUUUGCUCCCGAGAAGUGAAAUGCAAUUGGGCACAUCUAUUUACCUUUAUAUUUAUAGAUACUUUCAUAUCUGGUUUUCUUUUAUGAAUGCCUUAGUGUGGUUGGUUUUCA